GUAAGAACCUUAUCUUGAAGCAGCAACAGCAAUGGCGUCUCUAAUGAUGGCUACAGCUUUACCAUUCACUCCCCACUCUUCUCAUCGAUUCUCGUCUUCCCUAGGCAUUUCCCUCUCCCUCUCAACUCCUUCUCUUACUCUCUCCACCGCUUCGCCACUCCCAUUCGUUUAUUGCGGCAGAGGAGACAGGAAGACUGCCAAAGGCAAGCGGUUCAACCAUUCGUUCGGCAACGCGAGGCCGCGAAACAAGACGAAAGGAAGAGGGCCGCCGAGGAUUCCGGCUCCGUCUGCUCCGAUUAAAAAGGAUAGCUUUGAAGAUGAUGAAGUUGUCAAGAUUGACAUUGAUGAGUCCUUGGCCUAAACUUUCUAUUUUUUCUGUAAUGUAUUGUGCUUUUGUGUAUUUUAUUUGCCCUCUUUUUGUUAAUUACUGGUUUUGCUGAGUUCGAAUUGAAUUUCAUUUGUUUGGAA